AUGACGCGCCGCGUCGGUCGGCCUAUGCUAUUCGUCGCACUUGGCCUCGCGUGUAUCCUGUACCUCUGGAAGACUGAGCACUUUACGUUUACGGCAACUCGCACGAUCGUAUCCGGAGACGACUACUCGCCGCCAGACUACUCGUCGCCAAACUACUCGUCGCCAAACUACUCGCCGUUCUACGGAGGAGGAAGCACCAGGCCGAUCGACAUCUCAUCCGAUCCACUGCCGAAUGCCACCCUCAGUGAACGGCUCGACGCAUGGGAACGUGCUCCAGCCCCAGCGUCUGCCGAGUACGCGCGUUGGAACGCAGAGCAGUGCGACACCAACAUCCACAACCAACAGAACUGGUAUUUGCUGAACACGUAUGGCGGCGAGUGGGCAACACACGACAUGUCGACCGUUAUUCGAAUCCGCACCGAGUUGAUCAACUACAUGCGUACCGUUGAUGGGGGAUACGAGAUGAACUCUGCCACAAACCUCCACGGUCACGGUAUCGUCAUGCUCGCCGGCGACGGCGCCAGCCUCAUGAGAGUGUAUUGGAGCGUCAGCAUGAUCCGGUCGUACCGCUGCAACCUCCCAAUCUACGUGUAUCAUUUUGAGGAUGAGAAGCCGGCGCUCGACAACCCACUACGCCUCAAGCUCGAGGCGCUCAACGUCAUCCUCGUCACUGUCGAGGGUUCCCAAAAGGCUAAGACUGGGAAAAAUUACCACCUCAAAGCACAUGCCAUCAUCCGCGCUCCCUUCCAACACGUCUUGUACCUUGACUCUGACUCCAUUCCCGUCCGUGACCCAAAGUACAUGUUUACUGCGCCGAAUUAUCUCCGCCUCGGCGUAUACUUUACGCCCGAUUACUUCAAGACGUCUGCGACAAACCCACUAUGGGCCGUGGCAGGCAUCAAAUGCCGCAACGAGUGGGAAGUUGAGAGUGGACAAUUCUUCAUCGACAAGGCACGACACAUGGAUGUCCUCCUCCUCUCGCGAUACAUGCUUUCCCGACACGAACAGUAUUUCAAGUACUCUGAUGGCGACAAGGAUAUUUUCCGCUGGGCGCUCCUUAUGCUUCACCGCAGAGGGUUGGGUGAUAUCGACUGUGACAUGCUCGCCGACGCUGAUGAGGCGGGACAUGCACGCGCCCCAGCAAAAGAAAUGAUCAUGCGCCGCGCCGUCCGCGAGCAGGGCGUCAAUUCGUUCUGGCACGGCGGCAAUGGCUCGCCCUUCUGCCUUGGGCUCGACUACUCCGACAUCCGACCGCAGUCGCGCAAGGCCCAGGAUGCAGCCGACCGCCGUGCUGGAGAUACAGUUGGCUCAGAAACCAAGGGCGUGUGGCCCGACUGGUCGAAUCCGUUCGAGAUUGUCAGCUGGGCUGACGACCCACACCUGAACAACUUUGAGAACACGCUGUACACGCGCUUCCAGUUUGAUGUGCGCUACGAGCCGUAG